CAAGCAGUGAGUGGCGUGCAAAGCUCUGCAGUCGAAAGGAAAACACGCACCCGCGGACCAGCAAAAAGCCUAGUUGGAGCAGGAACCAAAAAAGCACAGUCGGUGGAAAAACAUGGCAGAAGAUUUAUCGAUCAAUAAAAAUAAGAUCUUCACGCAACGGUACGGCAACAGCAACAACGACAUUUGCCGGUUAUGCCUCAAGAACGAAGCGCACAUGGAGCCGUUGUUCUACUCGAAUCUCUUCCCCAAUAUUCUGCUCACGAAGAAGAUAUACGACUGCACCUCGAUACAGAUCAUCUACGAGCGCAACCUGCCGAUGUUUGUGUGCAAACUGUGCACCAACAAGCUGGACGAGUACGUCCGGUUCCGGGAUCGGUGCAUCGCGAACGAUGAGUUCCUGCGUAACGCGCUGGCUGCGUUCGGUGCGAGUGGAGCUGGUUGCGCGGGCGCCAUUAAAGCGGAACCGGAAGACUCUCCACCACCCAUACCGGGUUCGGCCGCUCCGGGGAGCAAAUUCGCCCAAUGUCUCGGUGUGACACCGAUGGAGUUAAAUUGUGCGCUUGUUGCGGUGGCUGCGGUUGCGGCGGGUCAUCCGCCAGCGAAACGCGAACCACCGGAUGUGGAUGAGGAGGACGAUGAUGGGGAGUUAUACGGACGUUCCCAGCCGGAUGUUCCUUCCCCCGAGCGCACCAGUUACGGUCGACCAACGGACGGGGAAAUGCCACUGAAAGGGACUCUAGAGGAGCGCUUCCGGUCUGUUAAAGGAGACGAAACACCCACCGAGGAUGUGUACGAUGAACCCGACCCAGACGCAGACCCGUACGUGUGUGAGGUGUGUUCGAAGUCGUUUAAAAUACGCCACCAUUUGAUGGUGCAUCGGCACACGCACGUGGAUGUCGCCCACGUGGCACCGCUUAACGGUCAGUUGCAUGGGGAACUCGAAUUUCACGCCCAAACCGGGGGCAGUGUCGGUGGAACCGGUGGUGGUGGAAACGGGAAACAAUCGUACAACUGCCCGAAAUGCGCCAAAGUGUUCGUAAACAAGGGCAACCUGCUCAACCACCUGGAAACGCACAGCAACGAGAAAACGUACUCCUGUGACAUUUGCGCGAAAACGUUCAAAUACAACGUGCAGUUGCGGUUGCAUAUGCGCAUCCACACUGGCGAACGGCCGCAUAAGUGCGAAAUCUGCAAUCGUGGUUUUUCACAGCUUUCCAACUUGCGAUCCCACCGGAAAACGCACUCCAAAGUUAAACCGUACAAGUGCCAUUUAUGCCUCAAGAGCUUCACCGUGCUGGACAACCUCACCGCGCACAGUGCGAAAUGCCUGAAGGACAAGUUCCGGUGCACGCUCUGCUCGAAAUCGUUCGCCAAAGAGGGCAACCUGCUGUCGCACCUGCAAUCGCACAGCGACGGCAUCGUGGAGAAGAUGUUCAAGUGCGAGAUGUGCCCGAAAAGCUUCAAGAACAAGGAAGACUGGAAGCGGCACGUGCGCGUCCACACGGGCGAAAAACCGUACACGUGCGACAUCUGCUCGAAAGGAUUCGCGCAGAAGGCGAACCUGCUGUCGCACCGGAAGACGCACCUCAAGCCAAACGUCGUGUACAAGUGUGACCGGUGUGGGCGAACGUUUCGCUCGCAGAAGGUCCUUGAGCUGCACCUGCCAAAGUGUGCCGGUGGUGGACCGGGUGAUGUUGGCGUCCCAUCCGCGCCGGUGACACCGGUUUCACCCGGAUCGCUGGAUGGUUCCGCGAGUCCUGGGGCGGCCAUAAUGGCGGCUUCAACGGCGACCGGAUCGGCGAGCAACACUCCGUCGACGUUGUCGGAGGCGCUGUCGGAUUUGUUGCGGUACGAGAUCGCCCUUAGGGCACCGCUCGAACUUCAGCAGAUGCUGCUCGGGCACAUCGAUCGGAAAAAGCCCCUCAAUGGGGUUGGUGGGAAGGCCACCGGGAGGCGGUACCGGUGUGACGUGUGCUUCAAGGGGUACUCUCAGUACCCGUCCUUGAUCAAACACCGGAAGCUGCACUUUAAGGUGCCACCGCUGGUGAAAGUGCUGGCCGGAGCCGGAAAAGCUCGCCACCGGGAGUACGACGAGACGACCGAACCGGGAGCGGACGAGGACGAGGACGAGUGUGCGGAGGCACUGGCACUGGCCCGGUGUACGCCAGGACCCCCCGAUCCCACCGAGCGCCCGUACACCUGUGAUAUUUGCGGCGGAAGAUUUGAGGCAGCAUCUGCGCACCCACCCGACCGCUGCCGGCAGGACCUUCAGCUGCGAGUACUGCUCGAACCGGUUCCGCUCGAACGAGGACCUGAAGCGGCACCGGAGGUCCCACACGGGCGAACGGCCCUACCGAUGCCACCGCUGUCCGAAGGCUUUCACCCAGCAAUCGAACCUGCGGGCUCAUGUGAGGAUCCACGAGCGGGAGGAGGCGUGCAGCGGGUGCCAGGAUCCCACCACCACCAACCAACAGCAGCAUCCUUCCCGGGGACCGGAAGUGGGCCACCGAUGUGUGCCAGCACCGAGCAUGGAUGUCAGGACCCAAGUACCAGUGUGGGGGCAUUCGUUGGGCGUCGUAGAUGCAGCGCGAUACGGGCGCCGAAAAUGGUAAAAGAGAUGCCUUCGAGCACGGUGAUGAACCGGGACGAGGAAUGCCUCAAGAAGUCCUUAAUGGAGGUUGUAAAAAGUGAUUCAAGCAACAUUUGCCGAUUAUGUUUGUCCAAGGAGCAGAAACUUACGCGCGCUUUCGCCGACGAAAAUGGAAUCGACGAUGCGCUGUUGAAGAAGAUCUUCGACUGCACAACAGUGAAGGUAAAACUGAGGGGCAUAUUUCCUUCAGCAAUAUGUGCGGUGUGUGAUCUAAAGCUGAACGAAUUCUACAAAUUCCGCGAGAAAUGCAUUGAGAAUGACACCUUUCUGCACAGUCUACUUGACGAACCGGAGUCGGAUGUCGACCAGUCGGUUCCAAUCGUCGACACUGAGCUUCAAUCGCCCGAGAAUGGAAUCGGUUGCGAACAGGCUGAACAGCAGACGGCCACCUCAACCACAACCAUGCCAUCGGAGGCCGAAAAAGACGUCAUGGCGAUUGCGAUGAAUCAGCUAUCGUCCUUUGGUCUACGGCCACUGCAGGACCUGAUGAUGGAGGGAGCUAGUGGGCGCCCGAAUGGAACCACGACUCCUCUUCUCGGUGGUGGGAAUAUCGUUUCUUCCUCGUCGUCUUCAGCCACACCAUCGCAACAGCACGGCGGGCCGGUACCGUCUCUCCUCGCUACGAUGGAACUGGCGCAAAAACGACAAAUAGAGCAAGAGCGAACGUUUGCGAUGGCAGCACUAGAAAUGGCUGGUCUGCAAGCAAUGCGAGGUAACGGAGAUGGUGCUGUUCGGUACGUUUGUGGCGUAUGUCACCGGACAUUCCGGAACGCGUACACCCUCCGGCGUCACACGAACCUCCAUACGGAGACGAACCUAUUUCCGUGCGAAUAUUGCGGCAAGAAGUUUAACGAUCGCUCGAACUGGAAGAUCCACCAACGGACGCACACCGGUGACAACUUGUACACGUGCUUGGUGUGUUUGAAGACGUUCAUCUCACCUUCAACGCUCAAGUACCACAGGCGAUCCCACCGGCGGCUGCAAUCCUUCGAUUGUCGACUCUGCACGGCAUCGUUCAGUAACUACGAUCUGUUAGAGGAACACGCACGCUACACGCACCAGGACAUGCAGGACUUCCAGCCGGACGAACCGAUGAUCGAUGCGGCAAGUUUUGUGAAAAUCGAGCUGGAGGAUAGCGAACCAUCGAGCUCGAUGGCCGAGGGUAGCGUUUCAACGACACGUGAUCAGGAAAACGACGAGAACGACCGAAGAAUGGUGGAUAGCAGCAGUAGUACCACUAGCAGCAGCGGUAACAACAAUCAGAAUGAGGAGCAACUGGCCGAGCAGCAACGGAGAGAGCAGCUGCUGGAGCUGGUACAAAAGCACCUGCAAGAUGGUGCUGCGAGCAGCUUUAGCGAAAGGUUGCAGGGUAAACCUAGCGGAGAGAUGCACCCGGAAAGAGAGGACAUCAAGGCAGAAGGGUUGGAUCAUGGGCAAGAGCUACAGGAGAUGCAACAGCAACUACAAACGCAAGAUCCACCACACGGGUUUCCUGUAAAGGAGGAACCAUUUGACGAUUCCAUGGAUCUGGAUCCGAGUGCAUUGCUCCAGCAGGCAAUGCAGGAAGCUGCGGAUGACGAGGAGGAAGAGCAGGAUGAUAAGCAGUUAUCGUCCUCAUCGUCCAGCUCGACGUCUCCAUCGACGGUGAUAUUAUUUCGGUGUGAUUAUUGCAUGAAAAUAUUCCAUUUCCUGGAUGAGCUGAAUGCGCACAUGCUACUCCACAAUGGAGCGAUGAAAGGUGGCAACGUUGGUGGUGCGGUUGUGCUGGGUUCGGCCGCCACCACCUGCACAACCCUGCCAGUUCCUACUCCCAUCAUAACUCCUCAUUUGGCUGUAGCUGGAGGACCACUCCAGCAUCCCAAACCGCUGGCUCCUAAAAGCGUAAUUCGUAAAAAGAGGGGCAUUGGCAAGCUAAGUCAAGGCGUAAACAUGAUCCUAGCUACGGGAAAUGAUGAGAAAAAUGACUUGGAAUCGGUGGCACCUCCAGAGCAUCAGUGUCCAAAGUGUUCUAAGACUUUUCGCACGGAAGAGUUGCGUCGAGUGCACGAGGCAACGCACGAAAACGAUGAGUUGGCUCAUAAAAUGCGCAGCUGCAGGAUCUGCAAUAAGUUGUUCAAGUGUGAGUUGAACCUGCUGGCACACAUGCGCAAACACUCGCCGGAGGUCCUUCAUGGAGUGCCGUCGGUGGUACCGUCGGCUGAUGUUGAUCCUGCGGCAGGGGACAGUAGUGGGAAUGAUGAAUCCUGUUCCUCAUCCUCGCACGGUGUGAUUGUAGCGCCUGAACUUCAGUUGCAUCCUAACACACCACAUCCUGACGAAAGUGAUGAAGGUGAGCAACUUUCGGGAGCAGCGGCGUUAGUGGCCACUUCACCGGAUAGUGGACCGGAAGCUCCCGGAGCGUCCCGAUGUGGCGGUACCGUCGAUGGAAUCCGAAGGUGCGAAAUCUGUGCCAUCACGUUCGAGGAUACGGCCGAGCUCGAUCGGCACGUGUUGUGCCAUUUUGAGCGAAAGGAAGCGAUCGCGUUCGUGCCUCAAACCGACCGGCCGUUUCAGUGCACCGAGUGCCAUAAGAGCUUCAAGCGGAAGGACUAUCUGCUCAUUCACAUCCGCACGCACACGGGCGAGCGGCGGUACAAGUGUGACCUUUGCACGAGUGCGUUCGUUCAUCCGUCGAAUUUGAUCACGCACCGGAAGCUGCACUCAAGUGAACGACCGUAUCGGUGCAAUCUGUGUGGGGCCACGUUUAAACUGUUUGCUGGGCUUAAAAUUCACCGGCGCCGUUGUGAGCAGAAGCGACCGAAGGCAUUUUUAAAUGGUGCCAGUGCGGGUGAAAAUGCUAGUGGAUUAUCAUCCGGUGUUGGAGUCCAAUUACCAAACCCUUUCCCGUUCUGA